AUGUCGACUGGUCCCAAGGACCAUGCCUAUGACCUCAACAAAUCCUCAUACUCCACUCCGCAGUCCGCUCUGAUGAGCGAGACCGCACAGCCGGGAUUGUCGCCUGUCGGCGCUACGAAACCAAAAAUAUCAAAUAUGACCGCCGCCAUGGACAAAACAGAGAGUGGCGAUAAAAAGAUUCAAAAGCGUAGCUUGGAUUAUGUGAUAAGGAGUGGAAUUGCGGGAGGACUGGCUGGGUGUGCGGCCAAGACUGUGGUAGCGCCCCUCGAUCGCGUGAAGAUCCUCUUCCAGGCGUCAAAUCCUCAAUUCGCCAAAUACACGGGCAGCUGGACUGGCCUGGCAGCAGCGAUUCGAGAUAUCAAGCGUACUGAAGGUUUCCAAGGCCUGUACAAGGGCCACUCCGUAACCCUCCUUCGAAUUUUCCCAUACGCCGCUAUAAAGUUCCUUGCAUACGAGCAGAUUCGCGCAGUUCUCAUUCCUUCCAGCGAACAUGAAACCCCGUUCCGCCGCUUGGUCUCCGGCAGUUUAGCCGGUGUUACCUCUGUAUGUUUCACAUAUCCAUUGGAGUUAAUGCGCGUGCGCAUGGCGUUCGAAACCCGACAAUCGCACCGCUUAGGCUUAGUGGACGUGUGGCGGCAAAUCUACAACGAGCGUGUUCAACUCCCAUCAACCCACUCUGCCGCGGCAGCCGAGUCUUCUUCCGUUGCUGUUGCCGAAAGUGCUUCAUCUGCCGUUUCGAAAGUUCUACCGCGCACCGGAAUUGCCAAUUUCUACCGUGGCUUCUCCCCGACUAUCCUCGGAAUGCUUCCGUACGCCGGGAUGUCUUUCCUCACCCAUGACACAGUGGGUGAUUUGUUCCGCCACCCAAGUGUGGCGCGCUAUACUCUCAGACGAACAACGGAGUUGGAAAAUCCCGCGGAUCGACCCAAAAGACCACAGCUAAAUACCACAUCCGAGCUUUUAUCCGGUGCUGUGGCCGGUCUAGUUUCGCAGACUUCAUCAUAUCCAGUGGAGGUCCUACGUCGGCGCAUGCAAGUUGGUGGUGCAGUCGGUGACGGACGCCGACUUGGAAUCGCCGAAACGGCGCGCACAAUCUGGCUUGAGAGAGGGUUCAGAGGCUUCUGGGUUGGACUGACCAUUGGAUACGUCAAGGUCGUUCCCAUGGUUGCAGUGAGCUUCUACGUUUAUGAGCGAGCCAAGGGAUCACUUGGUAUCAGUUAG